AUGACGACGAGACGGCCUGUCAACAUCAUCGUCGUCGCAGUCGUCGUCGGUUGCGCCGGCACAUUCCACCACCGCCACCUCCACCGCCACCGUCGCUGUCGCCGUCGCCGUCGCCAACACAACACAACGGCUCCGCCCCGCUCAAACGCGCGUCAACCCGCCCUCCACGUUACCACCAUCCGGCCCAACCGCGCUCGACGACAACUCAUUUGUUUCGUCGUUGCCCCGAAACAGUCAUGA